AGGUCGUCCUUUGGCUAACAGCAGACCGCUACAGAGAUAUGCUGCGCUGUUUUGGCCUUAUCCUUUGGGCUACUUGGAGCUCUCAGAGUGUGGCACAAACGACCUUGACAGUUGCUGGCUCGUCCACUGUCUAUCCGGUCGUCAGCGGCUGGGCGAGUGUACCGUCGAUUCAGAGCGCAUACUCCCUGACUGUGGAAGGAGGUGGUUCCAGCACGGGCGCCCGCCGUGUGUGCGCACCCUACAACGACUCAACCCAUGUGGACAUUGGGACCAUGUCCAGGAACUGGAGAGACAAGGAGGCCGUACGCUUGGACGAUGGAUACACCCUGGAGUGCAAGGCCACGAAGCAGCGAGUGACGCAAAUCCAGGUGGGCGUGGAUGGUCUCGCCGUGGUGGCGGCGAAGAACAGUGCCGGCCACAAUUGUCUUACUGCCACUUUGGGUGGUCUGACACGUGCACAGCUCCGUUGGAUGUUCAGUGACUACAGCAAUUCUCAACUUGCGAGUGGAGGUGUUGACCUUUCCUCCGUGGUCCCGAACGACGACGGUGACAACAUCAAGGAGUGGAGUGAUCUUCACGCAGACUGCGAAGAGGUACCCAUCAACGCUUAUGGCCCAGGCACGCAGUCCGGCACUCACGACUUCUUUGCAGAGGUCGUGCUAUCAGACUACGAAGAGCCGGAGAACUUUGCGGUGUGCGCCCACAAUUUGAACGUGGAUUUGGAAUCCAAGACGACGGAUGCUGAGAUCACGACCUUUAUUCAGACUUUGCGUCCUGUCAAUUGCUACAUGGAGUCUGAAGAUGAUGAGAAGAUCUUGCACUGGGUUCUGAAGGACCAUGGUGGCAUUGCUUACUUCGGCUUCGCCUACUACUCCACGAAUUCAGCCACACUCACAGUGGCCAGAAUCGCCGAAGAUCAAGUGAAAGGAGUGGCAGAUACUUUGGAUGCCAAAGUGGAGCCCAAUGCGUACUCGAUUACCGACGGGUCCUAUGCGGUGUUUCGCCGAUCGCUCUUUAUGAAUGUGGACAAUUCAGCAUGGGAAAGGGCUCAUGCUUACUUGGCUUAUGGCUUUACUGAUGCUGGGCAACAAGCUGUGGCCAAUGUGGGCUAUGUAGCCGUAAAUGCGAACCUUCGCAACAAGAUGGAGCAACGCAUUGCAGAGAAAGGCAAUGCCCAAGCAGAUUACGUCCCGGUGCCGCCGUCCAUGUGUUGGAAUGGAACCGAACUCUUCGAGGAAGCCUACACCAAUGAGUUUGGCAACCCCAAGGUUCGCUACAGUUGUCAGCCUUGUCAGGCUGGAUUCUACAAGCAGUUGAACACCCCCACGAAAUGCGAUCCUUGCCAGGCUGGAUCCGUGACAUCUGAAGCUGGUCAACCUGCCUGUGAAUUCUGCCUUCCAGGCACCUAUGCCUUGCAAGGCUCCACGAACUGCAGCAGCUGCGCCAAGAACAGCAUCGCCGCCGCGCCCGGCGCCGGGCGCUGCGACGCCUGCGCCGCGGGGUAUCAGACGGAGACCACCGGCUCAUCCGCAUGCUUGCGCUGCGGCUUGGGCACCUACAGGACCAUGGCAGAUGACUCCUGUUUGCAAUGCCCGGCUGGGCUUACUACCGCCUUCAUGGCUGCUGAGAAUUUGACGGACUGCGUUUGCGAGGCCAAAUCCUACAAGACGCAGGCAGGACAAUGCGCUGCUUGCCCAAGGGGCAUGUCGUGCGCCGUGGGAAGUGACAUUGCUUUCUACAACCGCACCAACUCCUCCUACUCUGUGAACAGGCCAUAUCCUCAGCUGCUGCCUGGCUUUUAUUCCACGCGUGAAGAGCCUCUGAGCGUCUACAAGUGCAAGGAAGAGGAUGUUUGCCUCGGUGGUGAUCCGGAGUCGUGCGAAGGAGGACUAGUUGACCUGGUGUGCUCUCGCUGCCCUGAUGGACAAGAGCGGAAGGAUGGAGGUUGUGAAGACUGCGAAGCUUCAGGUUUUCUCAUCGUCAUUUUGGGAGGCGUUGCAGGUCUGUGUGGCGUAAUAGUGAUGCAUGUGCUUACAAAUUGGCCAUUAGUGAAGGGCAAUCGCACAGUCAUGACCGCUGUCUACUUUGGUGGUAUGGCGGCCACUGUGGUGUUGACCUUUGGUGUGUAUGGCACAUUGGAUUCCGUUUGGGGUCCACCCAUGAGCACUUUCAUUCCAUCCUUUGGGCUUUUGCGCAUGGACAUGGACUUCCUCUCCUUCUCGUGUGUGACGGGCCGCAAGUCCUUCAUUGCAGAGUACGUGGUGAAAUUGUUUGCCUUUCCCAUCACUGUUUGCGCCGUGAUCUUUGGGUCGUUCAUCUUGAGUCUCAUUCCGAAGCUGAAGCGCUAUGCCAGCUUUAACGCGUCGGCUGUUGUGAACUCUGCUGGCUUCUUGAUGUCUGCGCUCUUUGUGUCUGUGAGUCUGAUGAGCUUGGAAGGCUUCAGAUGCAAAUCGAAUCCAAAUGGUAAAUCCAUUCUGCAAGCCUUCGGUGCGAUGGUAUGUUGGGAAGGAGGCGAGCACAACACCCUAGUGAUUCUGAGUGUUUUUGCCAUCCUCCUCUUCCCUGUGAUGCAUCUCACUUUGACCGGAUAUGCGUCCCUUUGCUUCGGUCCUCUCUCUGUGAAGUAUGGACUGAAGUUUACCAAUGCCGUGCGAUUCCUGACGGGGCGAAUGCAGCCAGACUACGUGAUGUUCAGUUUCUGGUGGAAUGUGCGAAAUUUCUUGGUGUCCCUGGCCCCAGUCCUUGCCAGCAGCAACUACGGAGCUCAGGUGACGCUGAUCUUAGCUGUUUUUGUGCUGUGGCUCAUUGGGCAAUCUAAGACCCAGUGCUGGCGUUUUGAUGUGCUGAACCUUCUGGACACGGUCGUGAGUGGCCUGCAGAUCAUGAUGCUUUGUUUUUUUGGCUUGCUGGCAUCAGACGACACGGUGGAUCGAGCGAUGAUUGGUUGGUGCAUCAUUGCCAUUUUCACCGCGACCUUGUGGCUCCUCAUUGCUUUGGCAGGCUACAAAGUGGUGAACCAUUUAAGGAAACGCUCGGCCUAUGAUGUCUUUUUGACGCACCACAAGGCGGCAGCGGCACUUUCCGCGAGGCAUUUGAAGACCCUCUUCAACAUGUGCACCACUUUGAACGUCUUCUUGGAUGUGGAUGAACUCGACAACCUGGACAACCUGAGCUUCGCCGUGAAACACACGCGGAAACUCCUGGUGAUGCUGACCAGUGAUGUGCUGCGUCGUCCAUGGUGUGCGGUGGAAAUUGGAACUGCCUACUUGAAUAAGGUUCCACUGGGCGUGGUGCAGAUCAAUGCGGACAACGUGGACUUAUCCGAUGACUUUAUCACGGACGUGGUGGAGAACUUCACCGCCGCCGACAAAGGAAUCUUUGCCAAGGCAGGCAUCACGGUUCAGGACCUCCACAAAGCCUAUCAGUACUUGGCAACAAUGAGCAGGACCACCUUCUACUUGAACAUUCCUGAUGAAACCAUGCAGCUGGACUCGGUCAUGAAAGCGGCUGGGAAGGAGUUGCUGGGCUUCAUGAAGAAGCCCAAAGUGGUGCCGCUUGAUUCAGAGAAGGUGGUUUACAUCGUCUUCAACACCCGAGACGACUUUCAAUGCAGUGUUGCGUUCCAAUUGAGGCACCUCUUCAGACAGCAGGGAUGGAACUCGAUCCUCUUCUGCGGAUCAUCAGGAUUUCACCAACGAUCCAGAUCUCGCAUCUACGACGGACCAGAGGAACUUCAAGGUAACUUCUCCGAAUUGCUUCCCAUCAAACAGAAGGCAGUGGCCGUGGUGCUGAUGUCCAAAGGACUUCCAUGGGAUCCAAUUGCCGUGUCAGCUGCUGCCACGAUCAAACGCACAGGAAUGGGUGUGCUGACAGUGCUGAGCCAAGAGUCCUUUUGGAAGCCCGAAGAGGACUACUACCAAGAUCUCCAAGAUGGAAAAAUCUUCUCGCCUGAGGAGCUCAACUUGAUCCAGGCCAUUGCACCAGGAUGUCACACUGAAGAGCUUGCAAGCGCCUUGGGGCCUUUGUACAAGAUCCUUGCUUGGGCUGUCAGCCCAGAGCAAAACCAGAACCUCCUGCGGCAGGAAUUCAGCAUCGUGCAGGAGCGAGCGUUGAAAGAGUACUCGCGAAGAGCCAUCAAGGUGGAGGAACAAGGAACAUAUGCUUCGGGGUGCUAUCCUCCUGGCAGCUCUGUGGAGGUUCCCAGUGUCAGCGAGAAGAGCGAGAAGAGCGAGAAGAGCGAGAGGGUGGAGACCACGGAGACUCCGCGGGAGGCCAUCAUCUCAUGCGACUUUUGAGUCGUCCCCUGCGGCGUGCGCUGGCCGCCAUCGGGGACAACAUCUCCAUGACGUCCGCCGCUUCGCCGCGCCCAUCGGAGCGGCUUAAGGUGUUGAUCCUGAUAACUCUCCUGGGAUGGAGCUUGGAAGGUUUUUGGAAAUCACUCGAAACGGAACUUUCGAUCUUUUUUUGCCAGUGGUGACCAACCUCAUCCCAUGCCGGACAUGUGCUUUGUAUGGUGUCUAAACCCUGCUCAGCAUGUUGUCUUUCUCCCCAACGGCACAGCUUCGGAGUCUUCCACGUCUUCGGCUCGAAGAAAUGACAUGUCAAGGUCAUGAAACGCAGAUCUGAUUCUGUCCACACCAACAGUGAAGAGAUGUUUGUCUUCAUGGUCCCUCCCGUUGGUUAAGG